AUGCAAGUUCCUCUGCUGAGGCUCCAGUGCGGAGUCAACUCUUAUGCCUGGGGCAAGAAGGGCAAUGAUUCCGCCGCCGCCAAGUUUGGCGCUGCCACUCCCUCUGAUAGCUUUUCUAUCCAGGCUGGUCAGCCAUACGCCGAGCUAUGGAUGGGCACUCACCCCUCCAACCCCUCCAAGGACCUCGCUACCGGCCGCACCCUCCUCGACAUGGUCCAGACCAACAAGGCCCUCCUCUCCGAUCCCAUCACCGCCAAGUACGGCGACAAGCUACCCUUCCUCCUCAAGAUCCUCUCCAUCGACACCGCCCUCUCCAUCCAAGCCCACCCCAACAAGAAGCUCGCCGAGAAGCUCCACGCCCGCGACCCCAAGAACUACCCCGAUGACAACCACAAGCCCGAGAUGGCCAUCGCCAUCACCCCUUUGAGGGCCUCUGCGACCCUCGUGGGCCCCGAGAUCGCCGACGAGUUCAUCGCCAACGCCAAGGCUCAGUCCGAGGAGCCUUCGGCCGACGCCCUCGCUAAGAGCAAGGCGAUUCUAAAGAAGGCCUUUGGCAGCCUCAUGGCCUCGUCCCAGGCCGACGUCGACGCCGAGACCGAGAAACUCGUCAAGCUCGCCAAGUCCGACGGCGCCGACUUUGCAGCCGGCGGCGUCCCCUCCAUCUCCGGCGAGAAGAUGGCCGCCCUCGUCGAGCGUCUCUACGGACAGUACGGAAACGACAUUGGCCUCUUUGUCCAGUUCUUCCUCAACUACGUCGAGCUCCAGGUCGGCGAAGCCCUCUUCCUCACGGCCGACGACAUCCACGCCUACAUCUCGGGCGACAUUGUCGAGUGCAUGGCCUCCUCCGACAACGUCAUCCGCGCCGGCUUUACCCCCAAGUUCAAGGACGUCGACACCCUCGUCAGCUGCCUCACCUACAACUUUGCCCCCAUCGAGGAGCAAAAGAUGAAGCCCGUCGACUACCCCUACGCCACCCUCAACCGCACCGGCUACAGCUCCAGCUCCUCCGCCACUUUCGAGGCCAUCCAGGGCCCCAGCGUCCUCAUCUGCACAAAGGGCAAGGGCAAGAUCUCGGUCGGUCCCAAGGUCGAGGACUUUGAGGAGGGCUACGUCUACUUUGUCGGUGCCACCGCCGAGCUCGUUCUCGAGUCCCGCAGCGAAGAGUUUGUCACGUUCAAGGCCUUUUGCGAGGUUGCGUGA